AGGAGAACCCGGUGUUCCACAAUUGGACCUUGGUCUGGGUUCCGUACUGCGACGGCAUGAGCUUCAGCGGCGACGCCGUCGUCGACGGGGUCCACUUCAAGGGUCGAGCGAUCCUCUCCGCUGUCAUCGCGGACCUGAAGGCGCGCACGGCGAUCGGCGACGCGAGCCAGGUGGUCCUCGGCGGCGGCAGCGCGGGCGCGUCGGCCGUGUUCUACCACGUGGACAAGGUGGCGGAGGAGCUCGCGCUGAGUCACGGCGAGGUGGUCGGCCUGCCGGACGCGGGCUUCUUCCUCGACCUGAAGGACCGGAGCGGGAUCGACUGCUGGCCCGCGCAGAUGCGCAGCGUCUUCGAGGUCGGCAACGGCACCCGGUCCCUCAACGAGAGGUGCCUCGCCAGGUAUCCGGAGGAGCAGUCCAAGUGCCUCUUCCCCGAGUACUUCCCGGACCUGAUCGAGAGCCGCAUGUUUGUGAUCAACAGCUUCUACGACUCGUCCGAGACGUACUACACGCUCCGGCUCUCGUGCUGCCCGGGCGGGUGCGGAGGCAAGUACCCGGCCUGCAGCGGCCGAGACAUGUACCUCUUCGGCGCCAUGCGCCAGCAGCACAUGGCGGGCUGGGCUCCGCUAGUGAACAGGACCGGCAACGGCGUCUGGGCCGUCGCCUGCCCCACGCACACCAUGGCCUGGGAUCACUGGACCGACCCGGAGUGGGAGGUGCCAGCGCGCAGCGGGUACACGAUGGCCUCGGCGGUGGGCGAGUGGUUGAGCGGGGCUGAGCGCGAGCGGAGCUACGUGCACCAGGACGAGGUCGCCUUCCCGGACAACGCGCCCUGCUCCGGCCAGCACACUGGCUUCUCGGAGGUCAUCUGAGUAGGUCGGAGGCGGGUGCGGGCGGUAAGACGGACAGUACAGAAAUGGUCUGACUCUUUUGCGUCGCAUCCCUGUGAAAGGAAGAGAGAGAG